GUUGAAUAAAAAGCGAAAAACGCCCGAAACGUGAAGUGAAGCAAAGACAACAAAAUAAAGUCCAGCAAAAGGGACUAAGACGAAGAAGGAGCAGCAGAAGAGAUUCGUCAAGCAAAUCCUGCCGACGGCAAAAACAAAGUGUUUGGAAAAUGUUUACCAAAAGUGGAUAAAAUCUGAAAACUGAAAUGAAUUAACUGAACAGCAGCCGCAGCAGCAUCCACAGCCAGAGCCAGAGUCCCAGAUAGAGAUCGAAUCAAGCAAUUGUUGCGAGCCAAAGGAAGUGGAGCGUUCGGCAUCGGCCGUUCCAGAGGAGAAUGUGUUCAAUAUUUCGCAAUCGCAUUAAUUACCGGAGCACAGGCACGCGCAGUGGCUCAUCCAAUGCAGGCAGCUCGUCGGUGGCCGAUCCCACCAGCGACAGGGACAGUUUGCUAGCCAAGGAGCUCAGUGCGGAUAGCAACAACAAUGGCAGCGCGGCAGACGGAACGCCAGACGCAGAGAUGGAGCUACAGCUCGAAGCGGAGCAGUCGCUGCCCUGCACGGAUCAGCCGGAGAACAGCAAUGAGGCGCUGGACUUGUCGGUAAUCUCCGGCAGCCGUUUGCCCACGAGCGGGCAUGUGGCACUAGAAGCUUUACAACAUACCAAAGUGGCGGUGGCACAAUUUGCGGCCACUGCGCUGGCGGGAUCCGUGUCCGAUCCAAACGAUCUGGCCAUGGUCCAGUCGACGAUCUUCAAUGUGCAGCGCCAGCACCUGAUGCAGCUACAGCUCAUCCAGCACCUACAGAGUCAAUUGAAACGCGCGGGUGGCGUGGUAGCUGCGCUGAGCAGGCAAGGGCCCAACUAUGCUGAGCCAGAAGAGGACGAGGAUGAGGAGGAGGAGGAGCAGCCGGAACACUCGGACCAGCCACAUCCCUCCAAAGAGCAGGCGCGAGUUAAUGGCGAGGCAGCUCAGAGCGAUCACGACAGGCUGCAGGAGAGUUCAAAGACUGAGGAACAGGACAUGUGCAAGGAAGCGGAGGCAAUAGCGACUGAGUGCAAUAGGGAACGAGUUGUGGCAUCGGCUAAGUCAGAAGGGGCGCGUGAGAUGGAGGCUGAAGUCGAGCAGGAGCUGGAGUGUGACUACAAGCCGAUUAUGUGCGACAUCAGCUCUAGUCUGGCCUCAAGUAUAAUCACCAAUCACGACCCACCGCCGGCGCCCAAUGAGCCCAACUGCCUCGAGAUGCUCCAGCGCCGAACCGAGGAGGUGCUGGACUCGGCCUCGCAGAGCUUGCAUGCGGCCCAAAUGCAGGAGGAAUACUCGGAGUACGCCUCAAAGGAGGCGCAGAGUCGCGGCGAGAUCUUCAAGCAUCGCUGCAAGUACUGUGGCAAGAUCUUCGGCAGCUAUUCGGCGCUGCAAAUACACCUGCGUUCCCAUACCGGCGAACGACCCUUCCACUGCAAUGUCUGUGGCAGCAAGUUUACCACCAAAGGCAAUCUGAAGGUGCACUAUCAGCGCCAUACGCAGAUCUUUCCUCCCAUGCUAUUGCCGCCUGUGGUCAAUGGGGCACAGCCCUCGGCGUCAGCCUCCGAGCAGUUCGGCUCUCUGGCACCCAUACGCCUGCCCUUUGCAGCGCCAGCGCCUCUGGCACCACCGCCGCCGCCGAUUGUGGGUCAGCUCAGUGGCGAGCACGCGGCAUUAGAGCAGCAGCAAGCGUUGGCCAUGCCCGGACAGCAACUGCAGCAAGCUGAGGAUCUGAGCAAGCCAACCAGGGAGUUGGCGCAUUCACCCAUGCAACCCGCGCAGACACCCAAGUCCCUGCCCGAGCGUAGCAGAAGUCAAACUGCAACGGAUGCUGCUCAGCCAGGGCUGGCUCUGGAGAAGGACAGUCCCAAGUCAACGACGCCACCAGCUGCAGUGGCGAGUCGUCGCAAUGGCAGCGUGCGCAAGCGUCAGUCCAGCAAUGGAGGUAGUUCGCCAGGUGAGGAGCGCGAGCAAUCCGAGCAUCUGCAGUUAGUCAAGCUCGUGCGUCGCUCUUCGGCCAGUCGCGACGGCGCUGUUGCUCUGCCAGGUGAGUACUCACUCGCUCAGAUGGAGCGCAUCAUAGACAAGUCGUGGGAGGAUCUGAUCGAGAUCGACAAGACAUCGGAAACGUCAAAGCUGCAGCAGCUGGUGGACAACAUUGAGAACAAGUUGACCGAUCCGAAUCAGUGCAUUUUCUGCCAGAAGGUCAUGUCCUGCCGGAGCUCUCUGCAGAUGCACAUACGCACCCACACGGGCGAGCGACCCUUCCGCUGCAAGAUCUGCGGACGCGCCUUUGCCACCAAGGGCAACUUGAAGGCGCACAUGAGCAUACACAAGAUUAAGCCGCCCAUGCGCAGUCAGUUCAAGUGCCCCGUGUGCCACCAGAAGUUCUCCAACGGCAUCAUCCUGCAGCAGCACAUUCGCAUCCAUACCAUGGACGAUGGAAGCGGCAAUCAGGUGCAUGGCCAGGGCCAGGGCCAGGGGCAAAGUCUUGGCGCUGGUGAGGCUGAACGCUUGGGCAUUGAGGACCAGAACUCCAACAAGUCAAUGGGUACCUCAGACACUCUGGACUUCUCGACAACCAUUUCGGAUCACUCCGGCCAGAGAUCGGAGUCGUCGCAGGGAGGCGAUUUCGAUGAGUUCAUGACCAUGGACAGCACUGACGAUUCCCGCGACAACUCGAGCGCGGCCACAGCUACACUUCUUGACAGAGACAGACGGCCGAUGACGAGCCACGAUGACGAGCGCUCCAGAUCGGAUCUGGAUGGCGGUGGGCGUGAAAGCAACAGCGGCGAAAUGCCCGCAAUGGAUCUUUCAUCGCCGUCCUCGUCGUCAGCAUCAGCCGCAGCGGCAGCGGCAGCCGCGGCUGCGGCGCGACUCUUCGGUGUCGGCAACACUGCGGCAGCAGGCGCUGCUGGUGCUGGAGCUUUGCCGAUGCUCGGCAUGCCCAUGCCGCCGAAUCUGUUACUGAUGGCCGCGGCGCGCGAGGAGAUGCAUGCGCUAGGCCAGACGCAUGCCAAGUUUCCAUUGCUGCCCUUCGGACCGCUCGGCCUAAUGGGCUUGCAGCCGCCCCCAAAUGUGUGCAACUUGUGCUUCAAGAUGCUACCCAGCCUGGCCGCCUUGGAAAGCCAUCUGCAGAGCGAACAUGCCAAAGAAAUGACGGCUCCUUCCGCCCGAGCCCACUGCAACGAAACUGUAACACCAUACGGAGCAAAGCUCACUCUCAAUCCCAAUCUAUUUGCCAAGAAGCCGAAGCUGCCGCAGCAGUCGCAGCAGUCGCAGCAGCCGCAGGAGUUGGCGCCAGCGGAGUCAGUCACGCCAUCGGCGGCAUCCAUUAAAGAGGAGCCUGACUCCGACCAGCUGCUGGUCGAUGAGGGUGGUUGCGACAGUGGUGCAGCUCCAGCAGCUACUGGCUAUCAGCACGAGGCAGCCGGCGAUGCGGAGCAGUCGCUGAUGAAGAUGCAGUUGCAUGCUCAUCGUUUUCCAGCUAGUCCGCUGGACUUUCAGCAGGCCUUGAUGUCAGCCGGUCCACCCAGCUCCAGUCUAGAUCCGCCGGUGAACAACAAGCACUUCUGCCACGUCUGCCGGCGCAACUUCAGCUCGAGCUCAGCUCUGCAGAUUCACAUGCGCACGCACACCGGAGACAAGCCCUUCCAGUGCAACGUCUGUCAAAAGGCCUUCACCACUAAGGGCAACCUGAAGGUUCAUAUGGGCACGCACAUGUGGACGAAUCCUACAUCUCGUCGUGGCCGGCGAAUGUCCUUGGAACUGCCAAUGCGCCCCGCACCUGGCCCGGGCACGGCACACGGCGCGCCCUCGGCUGAGCAGGAGUUCAUGCAACGUCGACCGGAACUCUUUUUUCCUUACUUGCCACCUUUCUUCAACGGAAUUCCGCCUAAGCCUGGAGAAUUGAGUCCUGGGGCAUUUGCCAACAUACCUCCGCCGCACUUUGCAAACGGAGCUAAAUAUCCGUAUCCGCCUGGUCUGCUGGGCUUUCCCGGUUUCUUGGGUGGUGCUGGAGCUCAUCACCAAUAUUCGCAUGGCGUGGAGAGAAGCAGCAGCAAGUCUCCCACACCGGAGCCGGCGCAGAGUCCUGCCUCCCGGGAGGACGACGGAGCUCUAAGCAGCAACAUUUGGCAUCCGCUGAACAGCAUCAAGAUGGAGAAUAAUCAAAACGAGAAUAUUGGCAAUCAGAGCGAACUGGAGCAGGAGGACAAUGGUGCUGCAGAUGCGGAUGCUGAACCAGAAGCAGAGCCUGCAGCUGCGCCUGCGGCUGGAGCUGGAGCUGGAGCUGACGAAUCGGGUUCCCAGGGCUGCGAGAAGUAGCUGUAAUAUAUUUAGUUUUACAGCCGUUUGGAAUACACAUGGUUUUUUGUGGAGUACAUAUCUUGAGCAUAACACUACGCUAAGCUUGAUCUAGCACACAUAUAUACGAAUAUAUCCUCUGUGUCUAUAUAUAUAUACAUGCAUAUAUAUAUAUAUUUAAACUAAAGUACGAGUAAUUGAUGGCGAUUUUGAGGCAUUUAAAUGCAUUAAGUAUAGCAAUAAGUUGUAUAAACUGCAAAACGUGAGCAAAAACAAAUCAGAUUCGACACACUCACACACAGCCACACACACACACAUGCACAUACACAUACACAAUUAACUUUAUGGCUACACACAUUAAACAUUAAACAAAUACCAAUACAAAUACAAAAAGUAGAUACACCUAAUGUAAACUGUGGUAGUUGCAUAUAAAAGCGAAAUCGAAAAUCGAAUGAUCAAAAAUAAAGUCGU